AUGCCACACUCGUCACGUAGACCACGCAAACCGUAUCAUCCAAAGCGCAUCAUCUCCGAAUCAGAAGAUGGAUGGUCUAGAGUCGAGCGUACAGCACCUACGAGACACGGCAGCACGCCGCUGAUUCAAGAAACUCUACCACCAGUCGACAGGUCGCUUACGGUGCAAAAACUAUCGGAGGAACAUAAGAGAUGCAAACAACAAUGGGUGGAGAGCGAUACACGUCAAUGGCUCCAACAGCUAUUGGCGAUGCAGAUGCCAGAAGGUGGAUGGCCUUUGAACAAGGCCCUCUGCGUCGCAUUGGGCAGCCCGAGUCUGUCAUGGGCGAACAGACUGAGGAGUGUCUGGCAGCUUGUCAUGUUCAUGGAUAUGGUGGAAACUGUGCAGACAAAGCUCAACCACGCCAAUGAGCUCAAGCUAUACGCACAAGAGCCGCGCUUUACACAGCUCGACAAAGACUUCCUCGAGUCCUUGACUGUCGCUGUACUAGAGCAGCCUGGGGCAGAACAGCUGGUAGAUGAGUCCAGUCUCAUCUUCAUACCUUGCCUAGAGUGGGUCCUCGAGCUCCCCUUCAUGUUGGUCGCCGCAAAGUCACCUCUCUACGUUAGCUCGUCGAUGCAUUGGGUCGCUGAAGAGGCUGAACGCGCUCGUCACCGACUCAACAACAACCCUGAAGGUUCCAAUCGCUUGCAGAAAGACUGCGACGAUGCCCUGGCCGCAUCAAAAGCCGUUCUCGACACCCAUCACGAAAACAAGAUGCCCGAAGCCGAUUUUGCCGACGGUCACAGUCUCGCCAUGACCAUCUACACUUUGAAGCACGAAGAUGAUGAUUGA